AUGGCACCAACCUCAAUUGUUAACAACCCUCAAGGGGACCAAGCACCAUUAAAGUCCAAGAACGCCUCGAUUAGCAAUGAAGACUUUGAGGAAACAGUUGUCAAAUUGGCCAACUUGAAGCCUAUCGGAUGGGCCAAGGCUUCCAAACAAAUUGUUACUGGAGGAGACAAGGAAUGGGCAGAACGUUUGCCUAAAACCACCAAGGAAAGAUUUGAAAAGUACGGUAUUGAUCUUUCAGAAGGGUACCCAUACAUUCCUGAAAGUGACAAGAUUCCCAAAUUUGUUGAUGAUGCAUUUGCUAUUAGAAACGAAGACUAUCCGUUCAUUGAACGUGGUAAGAAUGCUGACCCUGAAAAGAAGGCAUUAUUUGGUGCCGCUAAGGACGUUAUUCAUUUGACUCCUUAUAUUGGAACUGAAAUUGUCGGUUUGCAAUUGAGCGAGUUGACCGACCAACAAAAGGAUGAGUUGGCCUUGUUGAUUGCUGAAAGAGUUGUUGUCUUUUUCAAAGAUCAAGACUUGUCACCUCAAAAGCAAUUGGAAUUGGGCCACUACUGGGGUCAAGUUGAGGUCCACCCACAAGCAGCUAGAGCUGGUCGUAACCUCAACGGAGUCACCACCAUUUGGCAACAGUACCAAAAGGAAAGGGCUGGUAUCCCAUUGAGUUUCAAAAACUCCAAAUUGGGUAACUCUCAAUGGCACAGUGACUUGGUUCAUGAACACCAAACUGCUGGUAUUACUCACUUGCACCUUGAUGCUAUUCCACCAUUUGGUGGUGAAACCAUUUGGAGUUCAACUUAUGGCGCUUACGACAAGUUGUCACCUGCUUUGAAGGAGUUUUUGGAUGGCAAGACUGCUAUUUACAAGAGUGCUCACGUUUACUUGGACCGUGAAAACCCAUUGAGGGGUCCCAAGCAUGUUGAAAGGGAGCAUCCUAUUGUGAGAACUCACCCAGCCACUGGUUGGAAGUACUUGUUUGUCAAUAGAUCAAUGACUGAUAGAAUUGUUGGAUUGUUGAAACCAGAAUCCGAUCUCAUCUUGAACUACUUGUUUUCCGUUAUUGAAGAGAACAGAGAUAUUCAAGUUACAUUCAACUGGCAAAGACAAUUACCAGGUUUGAAGUCACAACCAGAAGGCGAAGAAACUUAUAGAGGUACAUCUGCUCUUUGGGACAAUAGAGUAUCCAACCACAAUGUCAUCCAUUCCGAAGAGAGUAUCAAUGGACGUCAUGGAACCAGAGUUACUUCUUUGGCUGACACUGGCUAUUUUGACCCUGAAUCAAAGAGCCAAAGAGAAGCUUUGGGAUUGUCUUUGAAUUAG